AUGGACAAAACACUCAACGUGCAGACCGUGGCAGUGCCACCGGUCAAGUAUGGCAACAUCGCCUACUCUGGCGCUCCAAUCAUCUAUGUGGUGAAGGCAACCAAAACCUCAUAUAUCAACUAUAUGAAAGUGCUGAUGCUCGCCGCCGAGCUGGGCAUCGACCAUGAGAUCGCCGUCAUCUCCACCAAGGACGAAUGGUACCAGCCCGUCCAUCCAGAGCGAUACGUGCCCGCCAUCGCCGACCGGGACCCAGCCACCGGCGAGGAUUUCUACGUGUUUGAAAGCACCUCGUGUCUGCACCAUCUGGCCGACACGUACGACACAGCCGGGCUCUGGCGAGGCCGGACGGUGCGCGAGCGGGCGCAAGUGCAGAACUGGACGGCGUACCAGACAGCAGGAUUAGGGGCAACGUCGAAAUACUGGCUCUACUUUAGCAACAUCUGUCCAGACAAACAGCCCAAAACCAUUGAAAAGCUCUACGAUAACUGCCUCAAGCAGUGGGAUAUCCUCGAAGCCCGCCUCUCAGCCCCCGGGCAGGACUACAUCGCCCUGCCGGACCGCCCAACCGUGGCCGACAUCGCCUAUUUCCCCUUUGCCAUGCCCUACAUGUUCCAGUUUAUGGGCGUCGAGAUGGCCCGCUGGCCGCGUCUGCAGGGCUGGGCGGCCCGCAUGGCGGCUCGGCCGGCCAUCCAGCAUAUCUUGGAGUUUGCGCCGACUAUCGGCAGUGACUAGACUUGAUGUCACAGGAAGAC